UCCAUUCUUUUUCUUCUUCUUCUUCUUCCUCUUUAUUCGUUAAGCGAUCUCUCAAAGCUUCAACAAAAAUUCUCCAUUUUCAAAAUAUAUAUAGAUAUAUAUGUAUAUUGUAUAGAUACACAUGUAUUGUAUAUAUGAAUAAAUAUAUUUGUAUGUAUAGAUAUUUAUUUUUUUUGUGAAAUUUGAAAGGAAGAAGGUGUUUUUUUUUUUGAAUUAUUAAGCGGAAAUGGCACUGUUACGGAAAUUGUUCUAUAGGAAACCACCUGAUGGACUGUUAGAGAUCUGCGAGAGAGUUUAUGUAUUUGAUUGCUGUUUCACCACUGAUGUUUGGGAGGAAGAAAAUUACAAAGGCUAUGCAGGAGGCGUGAUUAGUCAACUUCGGGAUCAUUACCCUGACGCGUCAAUAUUAGUUUUUAAUUUUCGUGAGGGUGUGUCGCAGAGCCUGAUGGCAAAUAUUCUGUCUGAGUAUGAUCUGACAAUAAUGGACUACCCUCGGCACUAUGAGGGUUGUCCCUUGCUUUCAAUGGAGGUGAUGCACCAUUUUCUAAGAUCCAGUGAAAGUUGGCUCUCACUUGGGCAACAAAAUGUGCUUUUAAUGCACUGUGAACGGGGUGGUUGGCCAGUUUUGGCAUUUAUGUUGGCUGCAUUAUUGAUAUACAGGAAACAUUACACUGGAGAGCAGAAGACCUUAGACAUGAUUUAUAAGCAGGCUCCUCGUGAGCUUUUGUACUUGCUGCAGCCACUAAAUCCAAUUCCUUCUCAGCUAAGAUACCUACAGUAUGUAGCCAGGAGGAAUGUGAACAUGCAGUGGCCUCCAUUGGAUAGAGCACUCACAUUGGAUUGCAUCAUUAUUAGGGCUAUACCAAAUUUUGAUGGCGAGGGUGGUUGCCGGCCAAUAUUUCGUAUCUAUGGACAGGACCCGUUUCUAGUUUCUGAUCGAGCACCAAAAAUUUUGUUCUCAACUCCAAAGAGGAAUAAAGUCGUCAGGCAUUACAAGCAGGCCGAAUGUGAAUUGGUUAAGAUUGAUAUCAACUGCCAUAUUCAAGGCGAUGUUGUUUUGGAAUGUAUUUGCUUGCACGAUGAUUUGGAGCGGGAACAGAUGAUGUUUAGGACCAUGUUUAACACAGCUUUUAUUAGGUCAAACAUUUUGAUUCUUAAUCGUGAUGAACUUGACACUUUAUGGGAUGCUAAAGAUCAAUUUCCAAAAGAUUUCAGAGCAGAGGUUCUUUUCUCAGAGAUGGACACUGCUGCUUCUGUUCUUCCUGUAGAUUUGUCCUGUUUUGAGGAGAAGGACGGCCUACCAGUGGAGGCAUUUGCCAAAGUUCAGGAAAUCUUUAGCUCUGUGGAUUGGAUAAGUCCAAAUGCUGGUGCUGCUCGUAAUGUGCUCCAACAAAUAACCACGUCAGGUUUAAUUCAGGAAAAUUUGGAAUCCGUUCCUCCCCUGCCUACAGACACUAGCUUGCUCCUCGAUCAAGUGAAUUUGGAGACUCCUGGAGAGAGGAAGGGACCUGCACCAGUGGACAAUGAUGCAAAGGGCUCAUCACCAUUUAUAUUGGAGCAGCAGUCUAUGUCAUCCAUCAAAUCAUCCUCCAAAGUACAACAAAGUGACCAACAGAAAGCUGAAGCUCAAUUUGUUGGGACCAAAAGUGAGAUGAAGGUGUCAAAAUUGCAGCCGUCAAUUCCUCUUUCAAAACCUUCUCCUGCUGACCUCAGUACAGAAUCUAGUGCGUCUUCUGUGUCAUCACAACCGUCCCUGUACAUUCUUCCAACGUCGGAACAUCCCCCACUUGUAAAGAAGUUGGAUCCUCAUGUACAAGAAUAUGGUAAGCUGAAUGACCUUCCUGCCUUACCUGAGAUCAGGACUCCACCCUUUAAGACCAGCAUUCCUACUUCACCUGCAUCCUCAUCCAUACCUGGGAAGGAUCAGGGUAUUGGUAUUGGACUAGUUCUAUCUCCUACACCAGUGACACCAGCACCGCUCACUCCUCCUAUGAAGGAUAAAUUAGUCACUGGAACUGUACCUUAUGCAUCUCCUGCUACUCCACCCAAAACCCAAGGUCCUCCAAUUGCAUCCUUGAAGGAUGAAAAACCUACUUCGUCUCAACCUGUACCUUAUGCAUCUCCUGCUACUCCACCCAAAACCCAAGGUCCUCCAAUUGCAUCCUUGAAGGAUGAAAAACUUACUUCGUCUCAACCUGUACCUUAUGCAUCUCCUGCUACUCCACCCAAAACCCAAGGUCCUCCAAUUGCAUCCUUGAAGGAUGAAAAACCUACUUCGUCUCAACCUGUACCUUAUGCAUCUCCUGCUACUCCACCCAAAACCCAAGGUCCUCCAAUUGCAUCCUUGAAGGAUGAAAAACUUACUUCAUCUCAACCUGUACCUUAUGCAUCUCCUGCUACUCCACCCAAAACCCAAGGUCCUCCAAUUGCAUCCUUGAAGGAUGAAAAACCUACUUUGUCUCAACCUGAUACAUAUCUGCUUCCUCUUGCAGCACAGAAGCCAGAUCAUAAAGGAGAACCUGCUUCAUCUCCUCAUCUUACUGGGUUGUCUCUAUCUCCAUCCCCCUUGGUACCAUCACCACACACUCCUCCCGUGAAGGAUAAACUAGUCACUGGAACUAUACCUUCUGCAUCUCAGGCUACUCCACCCAGAACACAAUGUUCUCCAAUUGUUUCCUUGAAGGAUGAUAGACCUGCUAUGUCUCAAUCUGAUGCACCUCUACUUCCCCGGACACUGCAGCAGCCAGCUUAUGAAGGGGAGUCUACUUCACCUCCUCGGACAGCGCAGCAGCUAGGUGAUGAAGCUGCUAAAAAGGAACCUACUCGACCUCUUCAUCCUUCUAAAAGUUGUCCUCCAUCCCUAGCUCCUCCUAAUUCCUCUUCUCCAUCAGCUGCCAUUCCCUUUAUCAAACCUAUAGAACAACAGUUCGUCCAGAGUAGUAAUUUUUCACCACCACCACCACCACCACCUUCACAACAUCCAAUCCCUCUAUUGAACGAGAAUGCUGGUUCUGUUGGUGGAUCACCUCAAUCACCUGCUCCUCCCACCCCACCUUUGAAGGAACAUUCAGUUUUCAGAGGGGUGCCAUCACUUCCACCACCUCCGCUUCCACCUCCACCUCCUCGAGACUCAUACCCAUUAUCUACACCCCCAGUAUUGAGCAAGAAUUCUGUCUGUACUAGUGAACCACUUGGACCAGUCCCAACUUUGAAGGAAAGUUCAGCUUUUAGAGAUAAGUCACCGCCACUACCACCACCUCCUCCUCCACCUCCAUGCCAGUUAAAUACAACCCAAAUAUUGAGCCCAAAUUCUGCCUCUAUUAGUGAACCGCCUCCACCUCCACCUCCACCUACUCCACCUUUGAAGGAAAAAGUUGUUCCCCUAACCAGGGAGCCACCACCUCCACCCCUGCCUCCACCUCUUCCUGUGCAAUCUAUGAAGGAGAACUCCUCGUUCAAUGGUGGACCCGCUCCACCUCCACCCCCUCCUUUGCCUGCUUCUCAAGCUUCUAAGCCUGCAAAUGUAUCUGUAAUGCCACCACCUCCUCCGCCUCCUGCUUUGGGUUCUAGACAAAGUGUCCCUUCUGCUCCCCCUCCUCCUGCGUUGGGUUCUCGACAAACUGUCCCUUCUGCUCCCCCUCCUCCAGUCCCUUCUCUUAAGCCGGAUCUAAAAGCAGGUUCUGGUAUGAUACAGUCAGCAUCCAAAGGUAGUAAUCUCCCUACUUCUCCAUCUCCACCCCCACCUUCUGCUCCUCCACCUGGCUUAAAGGGACGAGGACCAUUGUCUCGUACCAUGAAUUCAAGAAGUCAGUCAUCAAAGAAACUGAAGCCUUUGCAUUGGUUAAAAAUAUCUAGAGCAGUCUCAGGAAGCUUGUGGGCCGAGGCUCAAAAAUGUAGUGAUGCUCCCAAGGCACCAGAGAUUGAUAUAUCAGAGCUUGAAUCCCUCUUUUCAGCUGCAGUUCCAACUUCAGGACAAGGCAGUUCAGGAGGGAAAAGGAAUUCAGGGACCUCAAUGGGGCAGAAGCUGGAGAAAGUGCAACUGGUUGAUCACAGACGAGCUUAUAAUUGUGAAAUCAUGCUUUCUAAGGUGAAAAUACCACUGCAUGAAAUGCUGAGCUCGGUGCUUGCACUGGAAGAUUCUGCACUAGAUGUGGAUCAGGUGGAGAAUCUGAUCAAGUUUUGCCCAACUAAGGAGGAGAUGGAAACUCUUAAGGGUUAUAAAGGAGAGAAGGAGAAGUUGGGUCGAUGUGAACAGUUUAUGUUAGAGUUGAUGCAAGUACCACGAACAGAGUCCAAGCUGAGAGUUUUUUCGUUUAAGAUUCAGUUUGAAUCUCAGGUUUCUGAGCUAAGGAAGAGUCUGAAUAUUGUAAAUUCGGCAGCUGAUCAGAUUAAAGGUUCAUCAAAAUUGAAAAGGAUUAUGCAAACAAUUCUCUCUCUUGGAAAUGCUUUGAACCAGGGAACUGCUAGAGGUUCUGCUGUUGGAUUCAGGUUAGAUAGCCUCCUAAAACUAACAGAGACACGUGCACGGAACAAUAAGAUGACUCUCAUGCAUUAUCUUUGCAAGGUACUUGCUGACAAAUUGCCCGAACUGCUAGAUUUUUCUAAUGAUCUUUCUAGUUUGGAACCGUGCGCAAAGAUACAACUGAAAUUUCUUGCAGAGGAGAUGCAAGCUAUUAGCAAAGGACUGGAGAAAGUUGUACAAGAACUGUCCAUGUCUGAGAACGACGGAGCUGUGUCUGAGAAUUUCCGUAAGGCUUUGAAGGAGUUUCUCUGUUAUGCUGAAGGUGAAGUGAGGUCCUUGGCUCAACUUUAUUCUGGUGUGGGUAGAAAUGUUGACACAUUGAUUCUAUACUUUGGAGAAGAUCCAGCUCGUUGCCCAUUUGAACAAGUUAUCACAACGUUACUGAACUUCCGAAGGAUGUUCAAUCAAGCCCUAGAGGAGAACCGGAAGCAGGUGGAGUUUGAGAGAAAGAAAGCAGAGAAGGAAGCAAUGGAGAAGCAGAAGAUGAGUCAUUCGGAGAAAACUUGACACCGUCCGAAACAAUGUAUUAUAUGAAAAGAGCAUGAGCAUGUCUUCGUUGAAAACAUGAAAGCAACUUUUCUUCGUCAUGGCAAAACUUCAUUGAGAUUGAAGAUUUCAUGGGGAGCGAGAAAUCUGUUAUCUGACUGAUAUAAAGAACGAUGCACAUUUCUCUGCAGAAAAACUGGAUACCGUUGGUUUAGGUUCGAUGCCACCCACAGAGUACUUCUAUCCUUGUUUAUGAGAGAAUCUUAAGAGUAUGCAGAUGGAAUUACUUUGGGGCGGUAGGCUUAUCGUACAUAUUUUUUUUAGGAAAAAGAAUGUAGAAAUUCUUUGAGAAGUUUUUUUUUUUUUUUUAAAAAAAAAAAAAUGAUAACAUAGAAAUUUGUUGUCCAUUUUGUUAAAUCUUUCAGUUAGUGUCAUUUUUUAUUCCCUGUAUUAUUUCAUGGUUAUUAUCCCCAGUUCAUUCAUAGUUUUGUUGUUGAAUUUGCAUUUGCUUUAAUAACUAGAACAAUCAUUCCUUCUA